UCGGACCAGACAAAAAGGAAAUUAUAGAGGUUGGACGGUCAGGAAGGAAGCCGCCUUCCUCUCACCUCUCAUCCCCUCCAACUUUCUCUCUCUUAUCCCCUCUUCUCCCAAUAAGCAAGUGCGGUACUAGUAUUUUAUUUCCCUUGAGACGUAUAUAGAUUAUCGAGGUAUUCUUCUAUCAAUCAAAACGAGAGCAUCUUCCUCCUGCGCCGGCAGCAGCGAUUUCGUCCAUGAACGGUGGUGGAUUCGAUCAAAUUUUCUCCUCUUGAGAAGGAUGAUGAACUUUAAAAAGUGGAUUUCUUGCCAACUGGUUUCUAAAUCAUUUCUGUUUGCAAGACCUUUCAGCGUCUUUGAUGGGGAGUCCCCAGAUGGAGAUGUUGGCAGUCAAGGUACAAUAGAUAUGGUGAACAUGGAAAGAACAGUAUCCUCUGGUGCUUCGCAUUCCAGCAGUAGCCAACUAACCGAACUUCCAGCCAGUCAGUCUGAUACAGCAGAUACUUCUCCUCUGGUGCAAUAUGAUGAUGAAGAUGAUAAGAAUGCAGAUCCACUAAGCAAAGUUGAUGCUCUUCAAAUCAAGUUUUUGCGUCUCGUCCAUCGGAUUGGACAGUCACCAGGCAAUCUUGUUGUUGCACAGGUUUUAUACAGGUUGCAACUUGCAAGCAUGAUACGAGCUGGUGAAUCAGAUGUCAAGAGACCUGGUCUGACGAUCAGUAAGGCUAAAGCUAUAGCAGUAGAGCAAGAGGCUGCUGGUCGAUCCACUGUGGACUUCUCAUUUAAGAUUCUUGUCCUGGGGAGAACUGGUGUAGGCAAGAGUGCAACCAUAAAUUCAAUUUUUGAUGAAGAAAAGGCAGCAACUAAUGCAUUUGUACCUGCCACCGAUAAUAUCCAGGAAGUUGUUGGGUGUAUUAAAGGAAUUAAGGUUACAGUAAUAGAUACGCCAGGCCUUUCGCCUGCACAUGGUAACCAACGUCGAAAUAGAGAACUCAUGCUUGCAGUGAGAAGGUUUAUAAGAAAGUCUCCACCAGACAUUGUUCUAUAUUUUGAACGGCUUGAUGCCAUCAACAGGGGCUACAGUGAUUACCCACUACUGAAGCUUAUAACUGAUGUUUUCGGUUCAUCCAUUUGGUUCAACACCAUACUUGUCAUGACUCAUUCUUCCUCGCCACCUCCUGAAGGACCUGAUGGGUACCCUUUGAGCUUUGAAACAUUUGUUCACCAGCGUACAUAUUUGGUGCAGCAUUAUAUACACCAAGCAAUUUCCAACUCACAGCUCGAGAUCCCUGUCCUUUUGGUGGAGAACCACCUGAUGUGUCUGAGAAAUACAAAAGGUGAAAAGGUUCUACCAAAUGGCCAGGUCUGGAUGUCUCAGUUUCUGGUGUUGUGCAUAGCCACUAAGGUCUUGGGGGAUGCAAACUCCCUUCUAAAAUUUCAGGACAGCUUUCAGCUGACACCAACAAGCACCAGACUGCCUUCACUGCCACAUCUCCUCUCAUCACUUCUUCGCAUCCGUUCGUCAUCUAGUAGUGGUGGCUUUGAUGAUGAGGUGGACGAGCUCUCAGACAAUGAUGAGGAUGAGUAUGAUCAGCUACCCCCUAUCCGUAUAUUGACUAAAGCUCAGUUUCAAAAAUUAUCCAGAGCUCAAAGGAAUGCAUAUCUUGAUGAGCUGGACUAUCGUGAAACUUUGUUUCUGAAGAAGCAGUGGAAAGAGGAACUUAGGAGUAGAAGAGAGAGAAUGCCUCCUACCAAUGAUACAUCUGUAGGCAAUGAUUAUUAUGAGAAUGGUGCUUCCCAAGAAGUUGUGCAAUUGUCUGAUAUGACUGUCCCACCAAGCUUUGACUCUGGUUGUCCUAGCUAUAGAUACCGAUAUUUUCUUAGCAAUGAUAAGUGGCUUGCAAGGCCUGUUUUGGAUCCCCAAGGCUGGGAUCAUGAUGUUGGUUUUGAUGGGAUCAAUUUGGAGGCUUUUCUGGAUGUGAAAAAGAAUCUCCAGGCUUCACUAGUGGGACAGGUAAGCAAGGAUAAGAAAGAAUUUGCUAUUCAGGCAGAAUCUGUAGUGAAGUACGUAGAACCAAGAGGCCACACAUUGCAAUCAGGAAUUGACAUUCAAACUGCUGGCAAGGAUUUAAUAUAUACUGUUCACGGAGAUGCAAGGUUUAGAAAUUUUCAAUUUAACACAACUGGAGGAGGGCUUUCUAUGAUAAAAUUUGGUGGUGUGUACUUCAUUGGUGCCAAACUUGAGGACUCUAUUUCAGUUGGGAGGAGAUUUUUGCUGACGAUGAACACUGGGCGGAUGGAGGGCUGUGGUCAGGUAGCAUAUGGAGGAGGUUUAGAAGCAACUAUACGAGGGAGAGACUACCCUGUUAGGGAUGAUAAAGUGAUGCUCGCCACCACUGUACUUUCCUUGGACAAAGAGUUGGUUCUAGGGGGAAGUAUUCAGUCAGACUUCAGAGUUGGCCAUGGUACAAAGAUGUCUGUUAGUGCCAAUUUGAACAAUAGAAGGCUGGGUCAGGUUUCUGUAAGGACCAGCACCUCAGAGCAUGUUGAGAUAGCACUAAUAGCAGUUUUUUCACUAGUUCAGGCCUUAUUUCGGAGAAGGCCGACUGAUGCUGCAGGCUGAUGGAGAAGCAUUAGUUUUUCUGUUAGUUGAUAAAUAGACAGAAUAGAAGUACAAAUAGGCAUGCUCUUGUGAUGCUGAGAGACAAGUUAGUGGUGCGGAUUUUCCUGUUGGACAUGCCUCCUACUGUUCUAAUUCAUCAAAUGGCCCCUUAAUGUAUAGUAGUGAUGUGAGAUGGCUCAAUUGGAUAUGCUAAUGAAAUUUGGAGGCAAAGAAAGUUCUUCAAGAUUUUUUUUGGAGCCUGUACAACUUAUCUUGGCAUGGGGUGUACUAUUAUUUAUAUGGGGAUCUUGGCCGAUGAUGCCUCAGACAUGCACGAGGUAAUUAAAGAUGCAAACGCGUCGACACCAAAAUGCAUUAUCUUCUUUGCUUUGAUGGAUUUUUUUGUUGUCAGAUAUGCUGCUAGCACCUUUUUUUUUUAAUGAAAAUGGUGAUAUCAGGUUACCUAAAAUGCUAAAAUUACAGGAAUGUCAAUAUGCCUAGGUGAUGAGCCCUCUAUAAGCAGAAAUUUUACUCGGGCUUCUGAACAUCUCGUAAUUUUCUGGAUGGUUGUUUUAACAUUGCUGGAAACAGAUUCAUA